GAUAAAGAGGGCGCUGGGGGUGGGGCUCUCAGGGCCGCUUUUAAAAGACGUGUCUGGCCCGCGUGUUCCAGCCUGAGGGGAGAGGUUGACGCUUGACUGAGUAAUGGCGGCAGCGGGUGGCAGCCGGAGAACGCGUAGCCUGAGGCUAGGCCUGCCCCUGACCAACACCCGCCUGCAGGCAGGGUCCACCCCAGAAGAAGACGAGAAGUACAGCCUCAGUGAGAAAACUGGCUGCAGUGACUGGUUUCAGAGAUCCAGGGUCCCCAGCUUCGCUCAGAUGUUGAAAAAGAACUUGCCCAUUCAGCCAACAGUCCAGACGGUAACUCUACCUGCAAAAUGUUCCUCUGAAGGUGGCAACCUGCUAAAUAUGGCAUCUAAGGUCACACAAGUGACAGGUAAUUUUCCAGAACCAUUGCUUUCCAAGAGUCUUUCAUCUAUUUCAAAUCCUGUCCUUCCUCCAAAAAAAAUACCUAAGGAAUUUAUAAUGAAAUACAAACGUGGAGAGAUAAAUCCUGUGUCAGCCUUGCACCAGUUUGCACAAAUGCAGCGGGUUCAGCUUGACCUUAAGGAAACUGUCACAACAGGUAAUGUGAUGGGACCAUAUUUUGCUUUCUGUGCUGUGGUGGAUGGUAUUCAAUAUAAGACUGGACUGGGACAAAACAAAAAGGAAUCUAGAUCCAAUGCAGCAAAGCUAGCUCUUGAUGAGCUUUUACAAUUGGAUGAACCUGAACCAAGAAUUUUAGAACUAUCAGAUGGGAGAUAUACGCAGUAUUCCAAGAUCUCACAGAUUGUUAAAGAAACAUUUAACCAACUAAUUUCCAGUCAGUCACAAUAUCUGAGGUGUAGCAAUUCAUUGGCUGCUUUUAUUGUUGAAAGAGAUGGGCAUCAUGAAGUUGUAGCUGUGGGCACAGGUGAAUACAAUUGCAGCCAGUGCAUUAAGCCAAAUGGAAGAGUGCUACACGACACUCAUGGUGUUGUUACAGCAAGAAGGUCUCUCCUUAGGUACUUUUAUAGACAGCUUCUACUCUUCUAUAGCAAAAAUCCUAUCAUGAUGGAAAAAUCAAUAUUUUGUAUAGAACCAGCCUCUGAUCUCCUUACUCUGAAACAAGAUAUCAACAUUUACCUCUAUAUGAACCAGUUGCCUAAAGGAUCAGCCCAGAUUAAGUCACAGUUGCGUCUUAAUCCAAAUUCUAUAUCUGCAUUUGAAGCCAAUGAAGAACUGAGUCUCCAUGUGGCUGUUGGAGGCAAAAUUUAUCUCACUGUUUACUCUCCUGCAGACAUUGUUGAUAGAGUGAACAGUAUGUCCUCAAGUGACAAGUUGACAAGAUGGGAAGUUCUUGGUGUACAGGGAGCAUUGCUGAGUCACUUUAUACAGCCAGUUUAUAUCAGCAAUAUACUUGUUGGUGAUGGAAAUUGCAGUGAUACUAGAGGCUUAGAAAUUGCAAUAAACCAACGUGUUGACGAUGCACUCACUUCAAGACUUCCAAUGUUUUACUUAGUCAACAGGCCUCAUAUUAGCUUAGUGCCCUCUGCUUAUCCAUUUCAAAUGAAUUUGGAAUGUAAAUCUCUGAGUAUGAACUGGGCACAAGGGGACCUUUCUUUGGAGAUUGUGGAUGGCCUAAGUGGGAAGAUCACUGAAAGUUCUCCAUUUAAAAGUGGUGUGUCAAUGGCAAGUCGACUCUGUAAGGCUGCAAUGUUAAGUAGAUUUAAUCUGCUUGCCAAGGAAGCAAAACGAGAUGAUUUAUUCAAAGCAUGUACUUACCAUGCAGCUAAGCGUAUGUCUGCCUCCUAUCAAGAAGCUAAAACUUUACUGAAAUCCUACUUACAGCAACAUGGCUAUGGCUCCUGGAUUGUGAAAUCACCCUAUAUAGAGCAAUUUAACAUGUGA